CUGCUUUAUUCCUACUCUCUUUUUCCUUGACCUGACUGCUGAUGAGUGAUGGGUUGAUAUUACUCAAAUGCCUGUGGUUGGUCUGCUUGUUGACAAGGAUGUUGGGAAUUAUAAGGGCGUUAAGCUGGUUACGGGACAAGAAUUAUUCAGCCAUCAUCUUAUCCUUGCCCCCACAUUUGUGAUCCCACCAGGGUUGACUACUCCCUCAGUUUCUCCACAAGAUGGUUAUUAUGAUUUUGUCCAACAAGAUGCCAGAGAGAAGGUGGUCAGGGGAAUUUGCAUCACAGAUAAUUCCUUUAAACCGGAUGUAGCAAAUUGUCUGGUGUUCUAUACCCCUAAAUCUUUAUGCCCUGACCAGAUGACAUCAGUCCGCAUCUUCCAAUUGAGCAGUAAUGUGCGGGCUUGUCCCUCUGGCAUGUUCGUUGUCUAUCUAUCAACUAUAUGUGGCGAUGUUGUUCAAGGGAAGAGAUCAAUAAAUGCAGCAAUAGAAGCUUUGUUUUCAACUUCUGUUUCUGGUAACUCAGAGGAUAAUUCUAGGGAUCCUCUGAGGGAGAAUACAGUUGUGAAAGUGAAACCGACUUUACUUUGGAGCACUUUGUACAUACAAGAGCUAAUUAUGGGUGGAUUUGAUUGUGUCAGUUCAACCCCUAUGCCUGAUGGGAAUCUGCAAUAUAGCCAUGUUGUAGAUGCAGCGUUAAAGCUGUUUCAGAAGAUGUAUCCAGAUGAUGAAUUCUUCCCGAAGAAAAUGCCAUGUGAGGUCGUAGAGAAUGGUGCAUGCUUGUCUGAGGGUUAAAACACCCGACAUCUUUAAGCUGAAAGUGCUGGGAUUUUGAAUAAUUCUCUGUUUCUGUCAUAUAGGAUAUAGAUGCUAGUAUGCUGCUACUAAGUUAAGGGGCGGUUUUGAUAAAUUUUGUGCUUCAUGCAUAUUUUGCUAGAAACCAAUUGAGACACAUCGCUGAAACUGCGAAGAAAUCUUGUGAUAGUAUGAAUAUGAGUGGCAGGUAUACUUGGGGAGAAAUCCUUCUGUAUCAACUUUUAUUCAUCACAAGCUUUUUUUUUUCAAA